GACCUGAGGAGAAGGAUGCACUGCGCAGUGCCGCUCCUCAGGCAGCAGCACUCGUGGUAUCCUUUGGACUUAUUCCAGUUUACGGGUCGCACGGAAAAUCUGCCAUCACGCUUAUACUUUCAGUCACCCCACAAGCGCCGGAUUAUCAGAGAGAGCCACAGGACAGUCUUCGUUUUGGGUAAAUUACCACAGCGCUACUCCUUCUGCCAGGUGCUGCCUGCCGCCUCCUGGUUGACGGGGGGAAAGCAGCGGCUCGGCGGCGAGAACGCACAACGCGUGCUCAGCCCGGAGUUCUGCUUGCUCCGUCCCGCAGCCGAGCAGACACCUGCCGGCCCACAGCCCCGCUCCGCGACGUUCCCGCCAAACGUCCCCGCUCUGACAGGAACGCCAGCUCGGACUUCCACCUCAGCUCGGGCUCCCGCCUCCGCAGCGUUCACGCGAACGCACUGGGAGCGGCUUUCUGACCGAGGGAGAUUCUCGGCACGGGCAGCGCCGCUCGGAAAGACCGCGCACUCCAUUUCCCGACGUGCCUCAGGAGCGACGCGGCGUCUGCGUCGGUGGCGGGGCGUGCGCAAGAUGGCGGCGCUCGCGGCGAAGGGUGCCGCUCUGCUGCCCGUGCGGCUCUCGCGCGUGGCGCGGGCGCUGUGGGGAUGGCGCGUGCAGCGGGGGCUCGGGCAGGACGCGGGGCCCGCGGGCGGUGCGGGAGCGGGCGAAAAAAGGGACGCGAAGCCCGCUUUUACGGAUGAAGCGGUUCAGGAUUUGCUGUACAGAAUGACGGGGCUGAACCUGCAGAAGGUUUUCCGUCCGGUUCGGCAGGAGCUGAAGCCGCCCAAGUACCGGCUGCUGACGGAGGCUCAGCUGCAGGAGGCCACCAGAAAAGCCGUUGUGGAGGCUAAGGAGAAGCUGAGAAUGCCGCCAGUGUUGGACGAACGAGAGCCCAUUGAUGAUGUGUUAGCAGACGACAAAGUCCUCGAGGGAACUGAGACUGCGAAAUACGUGUUUACAGAUCUAACUUAUGCCACUCCGCAUCGUGAACGUUUCAUUGUAGUUAGAGAACCGAAUGGUGUAUUACGUAAGGCAACCUGGGAAGAGCGAGACCGAAUGAUACAGAUAUUCUUCCCAAAAGAAGGGCGCAGAGUUAUUCCCCCAGUAUUAUUUAAGGACGAACACCUCGGGACUGUGUUUCAGCAAGACCGUCAUGAGGAUAUCCUUAACAUGUGCAUUGCUCAGUUUGAGCCAGAUUCAGCUGACUAUAUCAGAGUUCAUCAUCGAACGUACGAUGACAUUGAGAAACACGCGAAGUAUGAUUUGCUCCGUUCAACAAGGCACUUUGGAGGCAUGGUGUGGUACCUAGUAAACAGGAAGAGAACAGAUGGCUUACUAAUAGAUAUGAUCAGCAGAGACUUGCUGGAUGAUGCUACAUGUUUAAUCACACUGUAUCAUAUGCUCCAUCCGGAAUGUCAGUCAGCAAAAGAAGCUGAAGAAGGGAAACUCCAUGGAAUUGAUCUGAUCAAGGUCUUUGUGAAAACUGAAUCACAGAAAGAAGGCUAUAUACAAUUGGCCCUCCAGGCAUACCAAGAAGCAAUGGCUACUUCUACAGCUUCAUGAAAUAAACAAUGGUUUAUCAUUA